AUGGAGCAGCAGGAGAGCGAAGAGGUGCCUCCGCUGCCUCUCCGCUUACGCUUCAGAGACCUGCUGCUCGGGGACCAGAGCUUCCAGAAUGAUGACAGGGUCCAGGUGGAGUUCUAUGUGAACGAAAACACCUUCAAGGAGCGUCUGAAGCUCUUCUUCAUCAAAAACCAAAGAUCAAGCCUUCGGAUUCGCGUGUUCAACUUCUCCCUGAAGCUGCUCACCUGUCUGCUGUACAUCAUCCGAGUGGUCACCGAUAACCCCGUUCAGGGCACCAGUCACAGCCUGAUCUUCUGGGUGGACAGAAAAGUUCCCGUGUGGGCCAUUCAAGUGAUUGUAGCCAUCAUUAGUUUCCUGGAGACUAUGUUACUGAUGUAUCUGAGCUACAAGGGGAACAUUUGGGAGCAGAUAUUCCAGGUGUCCUUUCUUCUGGAGAUGAUCAACACAGUUCCCUUCAUCAUUACGAUCUUCUGGCCCUCAAUAAGAAACAUCUUCAUUCCCGUGUUCCUCAACUGCUGGCUCGCCAAGUGUGCGUUGGAGAACAUGAUCAAUGAUGUCCACAGAGCGAUCCAGAGGACCAACUCGGCCAUGUUCAACCAGGUCCUCAUUCUCAUCUGCACCCUGCUCUGCCUGGUCUUCACCGGCACGUGUGGGAUCCAGCACCUGGAGCGAGCGGGGAAGAACCUCUCGCUCUUCAACUCCUUCUACUUCUGCAUCGUCACCUUCUCCACGGUGGGCUUUGGAGACGUCACUCCCCGCAUAUGGCCCUCCCAGCUGCUGGUGGUCAUCAUGAUCUGUGUGGCUCUGGUGGUUCUGCCUCUGCAGUUCGAGGAGCUGAUGUACUUGUGGAUGGAGAGACAGAAGUCUGGAGGGAAUUACAGCCGCCACAGAGCGCAGACGGAGAAACACGUGGUGCUGUGUGUCAGCGCACUGAAGAUAGACCUGCUCAUGGAUUUUCUCAACGAAUUCUACGCCCAUCCCAGACUGCAGGAUUACUACGUGGUGAUCCUGUGCCCCAGUGAAAUGGACCUCCAGGUGCGCAGAGUGUUGCAGAUCCCUCUGUGGUCUCAAAGGGUCAUCUAUCUGCAAGGGUCCGUUCUCAAAGACCAGGACCUGCUAAGAGCCAAAAUGGACGACGCCGAGGCCUGUUUCAUUCUCAGCAGUCGCAACGAGGUGGAUCGCAUGGCCGCGGACCAUCAGACCAUCCUGAGAGCCUGGGCCGUGAAGGACUUUGCUCCAAACUGCCCCCUUUACGUCCAGAUACUCAAACCGGAAAAUAAGUUCCAUGUCAAAUUUGCAGAUCACGUUGUGUGUGAGGAGGAGUUCAAGUACGCCAUGUUGGCUCUCAACUGCGUGUGUCCUGCCACCUCCACCUUGGUCACGCUCCUCGUGCACACCUCCCGCGGUCGAGAAGGACAACAGUCUCCGGAGCAGUGGCAGAGGAUGUACGGGUGUUGCUCUGGCAACGAGGUCUACCACAUCCGAGUGUGUGACAGCAAGUUCUUCGGAGAGUACAACGGCAAAAGCUUUACAUACGCCUCCUUCCACGCUCACAAGAAGUACGGCGUGUGUCUGAUCGGAAUCAAGGGCGAAGACAACAAGAGCAUCCUGCUGAACCCCGGCCCGCGCCACAUCAUGGCCGCCGCGGACACCUGCUACUACAUCAACAUCAGCAAGGAGGAGAACUCGGCCUUCAUCUUCAACCAGGAGGAGAGGAAGGGCCGCACUCCCGGCGGGGUCUUCGACGGACCCCUGCAGCUUCCCGUGCACAGCAUCAUAGCUAGCAUGGGCACCGUCGCCAUGGAUCUCCAGAACACGAGUCCGCCUGACGUCCCGUGCGGUAAACUGGUCCCGCCGACGGUAAAUGGAACAGGGCGCCGCCGGCCGAGCAUCGCCCCGGUUCAGGAGAUCGCCGACUCCGCCUCAAUUCUGCCGUGCGACCUCCUCAGCGACCAAUCGGAGGACGACUCCGUGUUCACGGAUGAGAAGGGCCACUCGUCCACCGAGUACGUGAAAGGUUAUCCCCCUAACUCGCCGUACAUUGGGAGCUCGCCCACCCUGUGCCAUCUGUUGGCUGAGAAAGCUCCGUUUUGCUGCCUACGUCUGGACCAGGGUUGCAGGCACAACAGCUUCGAGGACGCCAAGGCGUACGGUUUUAAAAACAAGCUCAUCAUUGUGUCUGCCGAGACGGCGGGGAACGGCCUCUAUAACUUCAUCGUGCCUCUCAGAGCUUAUUACAGACCCAGGAAGGAACUCAACCCCAUCGUCUUGCUGCUAGAUAACCCGCCAGAUAAUCACUUUCUGGAGGCCAUCUGCUGUUUUCCGAUGGUCUACUACAUGGCUGGGACCAUAGACAAUCUGGAUAGCCUCCUACAGUGUGGCAUUAUCUACGCUGAUAAUUUGGUUGUUGUGGAUAAAGAGAGUACAAUGAGUGCCGAGGAGGACUACAUGGCCGAUGCCAAAACUAUUGUCAAUGUGCAGACGAUGUUCAGGUUGUUUCCCAGCCUCAGCAUUAUCACAGAGCUCACUCAUCCAUCCAACAUGAGAUUCAUGCAGUUUAGAGCAAAGGACUGCUAUUCACUGGCCCUCUCCAAGCUGGAGAAGAAAGAGCGUGAUAAAGGUUCCAACUUGGCCUUCAUGUUUCGCCUACCCUUCGCUGCGGGGAGAGUGUUCAGCAUCAGCAUGUUGGACACCCUGCUGUAUCAGUCCUUCGUGAAGGACUACAUGAUCCUUAUUGCGAGGCUGCUGCUGGGCCUGGACACCACUCCGGGAUCAGGAUUCCUUUGCGCUAUGAAAAUAACAGAAGAAGAUCUGUGGAUUAGUACUUACGGAAGACUGUUCCAGAAACUCUGCUCCUCGAGUGCCGAAAUUCCCAUCGGGAUCUAUCGGACAGAAUCCCACGUUUUCCCGACUUCUGAGUCGCAGGUGUCGGUCAGUGUCGACGAAUGCGAGGACACCAAGGACAAGGGGGACGAGUCUCGCAGCAACGACCAAUCGGAUCACCCCCUGCUGAGGAAGAAGAGCAUGCAGUGGGCACGACGCCUGAGCAAGAAGAGCGUGAGGUGGCAAGGGGUGAGCCGGGACCCGAGCAAGGACCACGCCCAGCGCAUCGCCCAGCAGCGCCUCAACCUCUACCGACGCUCCGAGAGGGAGGAGCUGUCCGAGCUGGUCCGCAACCGCAUGAGGCAUCUGGGCCUCCCCACCUCCGGAUACGCAGAAGAUCAGCAGAACACCCUGUCCUACGUCCUGAUUAACCCUUCUCCCAACACCAGGCUGGAGCUCAAUGAUGUUGUGUACUUGAUUCGUUCAGACCCUCUGGCUCACGUCCCAGAAGAGCCUCCGGUCCACAGAAGCAGCCUGAAAGAGAGACACGAGUCCAGCACAGACGCCAAAGAAGACACGCAGCUCUGA